AUGAAGCAGGGGAACAGUCUAACGCUUGUUCCAAAGCAAAUCGGGCCUCCACGCCUUGAUCCAUAUGGACGACUCCUCGCCCGUUUCUACGAGUCAUUAUUUUUCUUGACGUCUCUCGGGCGAACACAAGGAGAACACACCCCCGAACCACCUGUUCUGGACAUCCACCAGGAAUGCAGACGGAGAUUCUUGAAGAACCUUUCCUAUAUCUGCGACUUCAGGAAAGGAGGCCAGGCAUGCACUGCGAUAGCAGUUGAAGAUCGUGUGGACUGCUACCGGUUCUGGGUUGCUUCAAACAUGAACGUGAACAAAGCAGUGGCUUUUAUUCGAGAAAUUCUUGCAAUGUUGCACGACAGACAUUUAGAUGCUUCGAAUAAUGAGUCAAUGAUUGAGGCCAGUCUUAUUCAGCGUUGCGUGGAAUUCGCUGCCAAGCGCAUCGAUAGUGAGGGGAGGUUUCUCCGCAUUAUGGCAAAUCGAUGCAUUCUCAUGCUUGAGGACGAAGAGUCGGAAGCAGCCCAAGCUUUAUCCGAAUGGUUACAUCAGGCCCUCAGCUGCUCCCGCAACAUUACCCUCUGCCGCUUUCUCUACGACCAACGUCACUCGGCCGCCAUGAAAGAGCUUUCUGCGCGGGCUAUAUCCGACAAAGGAAGACCGGGCCGCGCCGAAGAAGACUCGUGCUUUAGCUCUGCCAGGCAUCAUAUUGGUAGACUUAUCCAUCAUAUACGUGCGCCGAUAGAGCUCGCUCAAGACAGUCGUCAUCUGAUGUAUCUCACCGACGCCUAUACCGUCUGUCCUGUCAGCCCAUGUUCCGCUGUGUCAUGCCCGGUGUCUGACAUGCAUACCAACCUGCAGGGGAUCCUGAACUGGAUGUUCAUGGCCGACGACGAAGACAGGGUAGCCGUUGGGGAUGGUCUUGUUUACAUCAAUAAGACGCGGCCAAUCUUCGACACAUUCUUGGCCGAAUACAACGGUCGGGAUCGGCAGGUUCACGCUGAGAUUCAAGUUCUCGAGCAUUUCUACCAGCAGCGACUCUCCUUCCUGGAUGGCGAUCGCUAUAUAGCCUGCAGCAAACCGGCGUGUCUCUGCUGCCAAUUGUAUUUCAAGCACCAUCCGGCUCGUAUGGUCGUACCUGCCUCCCACCAGAAUGUUUAUACUUCCUGGAGCCCCCCACUACUGCCUCGGUUUGCCAAAGGUGACAAGGACACGCAGCUGCAGAAACAGGUUCUGAGCUACAUGGCACAAGACAUGCGAGAGCAGAUUAUUCAGCAGGUUUUGCAGCGCUCUCGCUCGAUGAUAAGGCAUCCUGAUUCGAGAACCUCAUUGACCGAUCUACCAGCUGAGGCGGCUUUUGGCUUUCUGGAGUAGCAACGGAAUACGGGAGCACAUAUCAGCGUAUUAAAAUGAGGGACCGGUGGAGUAAUUGGGUUUAUUUGGUUGAAAAAAGGUUCGAUCACCUAGUGUUUAGUCUUUUCAUAGUCAAUAGAUCUUGAAACUUUUCUA